CGACCUGUCGAAUUGCUUGAAGUUAGUUACGAUAAGGGUAGCUGGCAAACCUAUUUCUUAAGUCGAUUCACAAUUGAAAGCAGACAAUGAAGGUUGCUAUUCUUUCUCUUGUCUUAGCUGCAAUUUGUUUGACCAAUGCAAGAAUGGUCAGUUAUGUAAAAGAUAUACCUUGCAAUGGAGGCACAUGUCCUGAUGGUGACACAUGCUGCUCUGGUGAUUCAUUGCCCUGCUGUCCUACAUCUAACGGUGUCUGCUGUGGUGAUAACCAUUGCUGUCCUUCUGGAACCACUUGCAGUCCACCUUUCUGUAUUGGGAAAGAUGCCGAGUUGUCAUCUUUUGUUCUACCAAAAAUUCAUGGUGCUGAAAAGAUGAAACUAAACUCACAACCCACACUGACAGAUAUACCUUGCGAAGGAGGUUACUGUCCUGAUGGUGACACAUGCUGCUCUAAUGAACCAAAGCCAUGCUGUCCUACAUCUAAUGGUGUCUGCUGUGGUGAUGGUACUUGCUGCCCCUCUGGGUACACCUGCACUCCAACCUCCUGUAUCAGGGAAGAUGCACAUAAGAAAGGUGUCACUCUAAUGCUAUCUUCAUCAGGCCUUCCAAGAAAGGACAACAAUGUCACAGACAUUCCUUGUGGCGGUGGUAAGUCUUGUCGUGAUGGUGAAACAUGCUGUCCUACUGGUUGCUGUCCUGAAUCUAACGGUGUCUGCUGUAGUAAUGAUGCAUGCUGUCCUUCUGGUUACUCCUGUGACAGUGAUGGGGUCCAUUGUGAUCCAGAUGCAAAGGAUGGUUUUGCAGUACUUCAAACAAAAAUCCCUCUUGGACGUACUAAGAAGACUAAAAAUUAAUGUAUGACCAACGAAAGUGGAUAUUAACAUUUUAGAGACAAACUUUUUGUUUAACAGUGAUGUAUAAAUAGGCCAUUAUUUUCUUGUUGAUUUUUUGAUAAUAGUUUUGUUCCUUAAA